AUGCAUUCGACUCUUGAAGCGUCAUCUAGCAACGAGGUAUCGCCACAGACCGUCACAGCGAAGGCACCAGUUACCAAACCAAUCAUGCUUGCUCACGGUAUAUUAUCGUGCGCCGCAUUUGGCUUCUUCUUCCCAGCAGGCAGCAUUUUAUUGCGCGCUCUCCGUGGCAAGCAGGUGCCACGCAUCCACGCGUAUUGGCAGACAAUGUCAUGGAUUGUGGCCAUCGCAGGUUUUGUCACCGGCGUCUAUAUGUCGGCUCACGGGGGUCACGGCACAUUCGUUUCUCCAAACGGCCACAAGCAAAUCGGCCUUGUCGUCAUCAUCAUAAUGACUCUUCAGCCUGUCAUUGGCAUAAUGCACCACAUGAUCUUCAAAAAAUCCGAGAAGAGCACUAUUUACGGUUACGUUCACCGCUUCCUCGGUCGCGCUGCACUCAUCAUGGGUGGCAUCAAUAUCGGUCUCGGUAUCCAACUCGGCCACGCUACUCUCCAGCGGACGGUUGCGUACUCUGUCAUUACUGCUUUCUUCUUCGGUGCCUACUUCGCUGUCACUUUACUCUUUGGACCUGAGUCAAGGAGGUGGAAGUUCUUAGUUGCUACUGGCACGGCAAGGAAUGACAGCUGCAAUGACCCUGAUCGUUCUCCAAGCAAUUCUGGAAAAGGAGGUUAUCAACUUUGA